AUGGCCCCAACUCGGAAAACAACGUCUGGGCCGAGACACUUACUACUACUACUACUACUACUACUAGUACUGCUACUGCUACGAAUACUACUACUACUACUACUACUACUACUACCACCACUACCACUACUACGACUACGACUACGACUUCGACGACGACGACGACGACUACCACUACUACUACUAUGCUGGAAGGCGAAUGUGAUCCCAUACAACUCCGCCAUCAGUGCCUUGAGCCACGCGAGUCGCUGGCAGCUGGCUAUAGACUACUUGGCAUUCGUCAACGACAGCAGCAUUGAGCUCAAUGUAGUGACCCUGACGGCUGCGACGACAGCUUGUGACAGAGCUGGCAACUGGCAGCAGGCUUUGCAUUUAUUGGUUCGAGCAGUCAAUGAGAACUUGUCCAAUGUUGUUUCCUUUGGAGCUGCGGUCAGUGCCUGUGAAAAGAACGAAGAGUGGCAAUGGGCCCUGGAUCUUCUUUCCUCACUUCUGGCUCAGAGUCUAGAAGUGAAUGGUGUGGUUUUCAGUGCCGCCAUCAGUGCAUGUGCGAAAGCCAGCAUGUGGCAACAUGGGUUAGCACUUUAUUCCCGGGCACUGAGCUCAGGUGUAGACAGAGACGUGGCUUUGACCAGCUCUGCCAUCAGUGCCGCAGGUGAAGGCCACAGCUGGCGCCGUUCUGUGCAAUUCCUGACGGAGCUGCACUUCCAGGAGCAGACACUGAAUCUGGUGGCCUACAACUCUGCAAUGGCUACGUUCAGAGGUGCUGGACAAUGGCGUGAAGUGAUUCACCUCUUCCAAGACAUGGAGCGUGAUGCAGUAGAGGUUGAUGCUGUGGCUCGUGGCGUCGCAAUGGAUGCUUGUGAAAACGCCGUCGCAAGUCCGCAAGCCUCGGCGUUGUUGACGCAAUUGCAGUCAGGACAGCUUUGUCGUUUGCAGGAAGUGCAAGAGUCGCGCAGGUUCUCCAGCUCCCCGUCAACCGGGUAA